AAUGCUCUGUGCCUUGUCGGUUCCUCCGUCUUCGUAUUUACGGAUACACAGCAGUUACAGCACCUUGUAUUUCAAGGCUACAUAUUCCGUGCCCGAUAGCUCAACGCACAAGCGACAAAUCAGACAAUUGAUGAUCAACAGGUCCGUGUAGAAAUCGUCGACUGUAAUGGAAAAUUUAUCGAAUAUUAAUGCUAAUAAGAAGGCCAAGAUGCUUCCACAAAUUGUUGAGAGCAAUCCCGUUGAAACUUUGAAAACCGUAAUGAAUAAAGUAGGAUUUAAUCCUAACUAUGAGAUUACGGAAUUACCACAUUGUGCAGAGAAUCCAUGUUUUAAGUUUAUGAGCAAACUCAAUUUUCAAGGAAUCACCAUUCAAGCUUUUGGAAAGUCAAAAAAAGAAUCCAAGCAAGCUGCUGCAGUUGCUAUGUUACAAAAACUUGGAAAAUAUCCUACAGAAGAAACAAAUAUUCAAGCACCUGCUGUGGCGACAUCACAAAAAUUUGUCAAUAAUCCUGCUGUAGAAACGAGUGUUCAAGCAUCACCUCCACUGAAUUCAGUUGAAGUAACGGAGGGUAUUUUGCAAUCAUUGAAUACACUUUGUAGUAAAGAAGGUAUAGAAUUACCAGUUUACACAGAACUAGAACCUACAGGACCACAACAUUGUAGGAUGUUUUCAAUGCGAUGUACCUUAUUGUCAAUCAGUACUGAAGGCCAUGGUAAAUGUAAAAAAAUUGCCAAGCAGUAUGCUGCUAAAUUAAUGUUUGAAAAAAUAAUACAAAAUCCUAAUGCUUUCAAAAGAGGAAGAGUUAAUUUUAUUAGUACUGAGUCAAAUUCUCAAGAUCUGUUACAUAAGGUAAUAGCGAAUAAAUCAAAGAUAAAUAAUGAUAGUACUGAGUCAAAUUCUCAAGAUCUGUUGCCAAAGGAUGUAGCAAAUAAAUCCAAGCUUAAAAGUGAUGGUACUGAGUCAAAUUCUCAAGAGCUACUACUCAAAGUGAUAGUGAACGGCAGUAAGCAAAGUAAAAAUGAACAAUCAAAUCUAUCUGAAGGUAGUUCUUCUGAAGGUGGUAUUAAAAAAUUACAUCAAAAAUUGUUGCAUCGUUUGAUGAGUAGUUUUGCCGAUCCUGGAAAUACUUUAAAGACAUUACAGGCUAUACAUGCAGAAUGCAAUGAUAAUUGUUCAGAGGAAAAUAUGUCAAAACUUAAAACUGCAUUUCAAUCAUUUUUAGAUUCAGCAAAAAUUGACUUCCAUCAUAUGAUGGUUAAAACAGCAGAGCCUUUCACAGCAAUGCUUGUCAUACAAUUAAAUACAGAUCCUGAAAUUUUAAGAAUAAGCUUAGGUAGUAGCAUGGCAGAAGCAGAAUUAAGAGUCAUGGGCAAAAUAUUGGCAACUUUGGACUCUAUAGUAAAUUAAAACUAAAAGUUGAUUUUGUUUGUGAUAAUAAUACGACAUAAAAAUUGUUAGUGCUAAAUUUAAAUUUCUAAGGUUUGACUUUGUACUUUUCAUUUACUUGUUAAGAUUGAAUUGACUGAUAUUGAUAUUAUUGUGUGCCUAAAUGAAUGAUAAAAAUGAUUGGAUUAUUUUUUAAUGGUACGACUGACAUAAUAUAAGCUAACUUUAAGAAAAAUUUAAAGUUUCGUUCAAAACGAUUAUUACUUUUAAGCAUUGUAAGCAUUGUUCAAUAUGAAUUAUUAUUGAAAAGUUCAAUUUCAGGAUGUACUUAACGCAGUAUGAAACUACUUCAUAUUGAUUCAUUACGUUAAUAAAAAUUACUGUGACUCAAACCAA